AUGUCUGCUGAGCAACCGAGUAAGCCAGUUUAUUUUAAGAAAAAAUUAUUCUAGAAGGUUUCUCCCACAUCUUGGACAAGCUUCCACCCCACGGUACGUAUUUAUUGGUCUUAUUAGACGGGUUGAGUGCAGUAAUUGCCGUGUAAAAAUGCACGGGAUUCUUUGCCUUAGCUAUAAUAGUAUGCGGUUUUGCAUGUUGUCUAAACGUCCUCAGUAACCUACUUUUUUCUCUGAAACACUAUUUGCGGUAUGUUAGCCUUGUUAAUAGCCGAUCGUGUAUUUCACGGACUAAUGACUUCAUGAGCUGCACUCUUUUGGACGUUUACUGCAUGGAAUUUCCCCGUGACUCUCAGACUAAACACCCGUUGGUUUUCUUCUCUAAUUGUCAAACGUUUUACCGAGUAAUUCGUUGGUAGUUAUUCGAAAUUAGGAUCUUCUGUUACAAGGUUUCAAUAAUUACUCGCCAUUUAUCACUCAAGAGUCCAUUGUGCGAAAGUACAAUUUAAAAAUCAUGCAACUACCUCGGGUACAACACCUCAGAGUACACACCCAAAAGUAGGUUGCAUAUUAUCCGUAUCUGCGUUCACACUAUGAUGCAGCAUGAGUCGAGUAAACAAACGAAGCCCUCGCUGCUAAGGAGUAAGGGCUGUGUCUCUAGGCACCUGCCUAGCUGUAGAUUAUGGGUAGAGAGCACAAACUAAACUGUUUGACACUACCUUUGAGGUUUGCAUUUCUUGGUCGAAGUUCGAUCAGGGGCCUACGGCAUUCAGAUAAAAAUGUGUAUAAAGAAUGCUGAGCCUUUUUUGUUUAUUGCUUUGUGCGAACAUGAAGCGUUUUUGCAGUAUCCCACAGUCACUUUUCACACAGUUUCUGAUCUGAUAAAGUCUCGAUUUCUUGGCCCACAGUAGAGAAGACGCACAGGUUUGCCUCUUCCUUCAUACAUAGGUUUGAGUUCGAGCGUGUAGUUAGUAGGUAUGACGAUCAACAGCAGCGACGAACAAAGUCUGGUUAACUGCAGUCAUCUUCUAUUAUUUCCUGUAGUGCAACAUCCCUUAAAUUAUGCAGAAAGUCCGACUUGCUGUUCAGUAGCAAUACCACAUGAUAAACUUGUCAGUUCUUACAGACUGGUGAUUGUUUUUAACUGUUUAGAAGGCCUUGGUUGUAUCAGACAGGACGCUCUUACCACGUUCGCCGCCUGCAAUGCCCGCUACGGAUAUUCACAACUCUUAGGACAUUUACAAAGCACAUUCGGUCUGUAGGACGUUCGUGUUAAUCGGCGUUCGACUGGCCGUAGUUUUGGAAGUGACACUGACUGUCGCAUGCAUUGCUCGCCGUUCUUCCGCGCUCUGUCCCAGCUGGGAUAACCAGACGGCACUUAAUUGCAAGUUCACAAUGGUCUGGCGCCAGUCCUGUGGUUAUAAUAAGGUACCUAAGGAAGGCCGUAUGCAAUAAGUUCUGUCCGCAUCGGUCCGUUCCGAGUGAGCUAACUUGCGCAUUAAUUUAACUGAUGCCAUCAUGACUGUGUCCAUACGUUGCGUCGUUCCAGGGCCAAGGUUCGGUGUAUGUGUACGAUGCCUUACGUAGGCGAGUGUAGACUGCUCAUUUAUUGCGAUGGGAGUUUUUAUAUUGUUUUAACUAUGGAUGUUGAAGCACUCACGCGUAUAUUUAUCUACCUAUCCUUCGGAACAGAAUUCAGAUUGUUGCUAAUGCUCCCAUGCCCUGGGAUACUUCCAGGUAUCUGACGCCCGCUACAGACGCCAAAUAUCCUGUAUUCGCCGUUUUGGCGCUCGGCUUGAGGCCAGAUUCACGAACACUACUGUCGUCGACUGCGAGAAUAUUCCCAUUUGACAGUUGUCUGCGUAGGUUUUGCCUGGGAAGUGUUUCGAGUCAGAACAUAGUUGCUACAUUUAGGAGACCAUCUUAGAAUGACCGCAUCUAUCUGUAGCCUCGCAUUCUUGACUCGCAUAGUCUCUAGGUGGUGUCUUCGUACCGAAGGAUGUAUCUGUUAAGUAAAUGAUAUGCAGUCCUCAGUAAGAUAAUGCGACUGCCUAAUAAAGACAGAAAUGAGUCUGAUUGCCUGGCAGACCCACUGGAUAUAUCUACAUGGUUUAUAUAGCCGUCCACUAAUCAGUUAAAAGGACUGUCUAAGUACUCUUAUGUUCUUGCUGAUAGUUCUCCAUUCAACCGACCGCAAAUUUAAAUCUCCAGCGACUGAACUUGUUCAAUAAGGAGUUAGUCGUCAUGACCGGCCGACUUAGAACUGCCAUAAGUAAGCAGCAAUGUCUGUGAGUUUUCAAACUAGCCGUCAAGGUAAACAUGGUUUCGAGCGGUGUAUAAGGGGACCAGGAAUAAUUGGGGAGUUUGAUUUCCCGUAUAUCGACUACUUGUCUGUCCACCCUAAGAGAACCAUUGCGAUCUGGCCUGGAGAACGACUGCGUUAUCCUGUCAUUUUCAAGGUACGACCUUACGUGCAUGAAGAUUUAAAAACGCGAUGAAUUUCCUACAUUGAAGUAAUAAGCACUUUAUCAACUGUAGGCGAAUAAACAAGAGUCGACUUAACUUCCUCUCCCUUCUUGCACAAUUCCCUAGUGACAAGCUUUACUUAAUACGGUUGGGGGUCAAACUAGGCGUAGGGGCCAAGUUAGCCCUCCACCUAACGCGUGUCGUAUGCCCUCUUAGUCCCCUUUGUGUCUUGCUGAAUUCUGGUCCGUUAGGUAGGUCAAAUAACAACUGCGCCUGACUUAAUACGGAUUGCCAGUUGAUGAAUUUCGGCAACUUUGCUACUAAGCCUGCAGACUGUUUGUACAAAUACUCAACCGACCAGGGUUGACUGGUUCUCACAAAAGGACGUUUGAUUCAGUGCCGUGCAAAUGUGGCAACUUGGAACGAUCACUCGAGACAUUAGAUUGUUUUCUGCGUCCGAGAUGACUCAAAGUUUGCGGUGGUGUGUUUACGAAAACCCACGUCACUCGAUUGGUAUAUUCUUUAAAAGGGCGACUGGGCUGCAGCCCUGCACAUAUACUACAACACAGACGUCAUAACUUGACUUUUACUUCGUGACUCUUGUAUCAGAACACUCGACCGGCAGCAAGAUAAGCAUUAUGCGCAUUUUUAACGCAUGUUACCAUAGCUUGAGGAUAACCCUGUUCUAACGACGCUAUUCUUGCAGACACAUCCACAGGGGGAUUUAUUUGCCAUGAUUCGAGCUAUACGUUAUUCUGGUCAAUUCUGCAUAUUAGUAAAAGUAUUUUCUGCACACCACAUAACGACCAGUGUCUGAAAGCCUUUUGUCUUUCUUUACAAUAAUUAGUUGUACUAAUGUUUCCACACGUCAUGCGGGGUCAGCAGUCAUAUAGUUUUAUUUUAUUAGGAGAGUGGCCUCCCACCGCUGGCGAAUACUCAUCAACGAGAUUGCGAGUGUCUUUAGUGUUCCGCGCAAUUGACCAACUUUUUAAAUAAAGUUCAUUGCGAAGACUUUGAUAAGUGAAUGUCCUUCAGCAUUUGGCAUUAGUUAAAACUGACGAUAUAAACAACUUCAAGAAAGGCAUGGGAAAAACGCUUAGAAAGAAUUUACUGCCAGACGGACAGCUUGAAAUUCUAAACCACGUACUGGACCCCACAGCUUCCGGGUCAUAGACAACCAGGAUUUCUGGUUACACUAGCCGUUCGUCACGCCAAUCAAUCCGAUAAGGUUUGCUCUAGCUACGGGCAGAGUUUUACAACAAAACGUCCUGGUGCACUAUUUUCUGACGCGCAGAGCACCAUCUGGCCGAAGCAUUACUCAUUUUUCUACUUCCAACUCACAAGUUACCUGACCUCCGUUUGAAUCUGUAGUUUUGACAAAAUUAUGCUGAAGGGUAUUUUAAUUGCAACGAAUUGCGUAUUAUACGCACGUGGAGGUAGUUCUAGACCCCUGUACCAGUUUCUUACGGAGCGACGAGUCAACCAUUGUGACCUUCAGGGGGCCCAUGUCUCCUCAUAUUUGGAAACCUGACGCACUCUGUUUUAUCUACCCCCGUUAUCAGUGUGCCCGUGAAAAUUGCUUGUUAGCUGUACAAAAUGCUAAAUUGACCAAAUAUCUGCCUUCCAAACAUUUCAGUGAAGCCCCUUGUGUAUUGGGAAAACCCCAUCAAAUCAGCCAUCGUUAUGGUUGCCGGCCUUACCAUCCUCCUCAGCGUCGGCUGCCUCUCCAUGGUCUCCGUCUUCGCCUACUUUUGCUUGGCCAUCCUUUGUUGCACAGCCGCGUGGCGUGUUUAUUACGACCUAGUUGGAUCGAAAAAGACUGACCCAUCGUCAGUACCCCCUAAACCCUUCAAGUAAGCUCGUUGCCGUUGGCAAUGAAUUCUGACACCAACUAAGCUGAUGGAGCUUAAAAUCUCCCAUCUGCCAACUAUUCUGCAUUUCUGUCACGUCCUUCGUCAAUUCAAACAGGCCACUGAUUCAGUUCCGAAAUUUCUUUAGUUUUUUAAGGUUAUUUUACUUGCGUUUUAUGAAUGACCGAACUGGGCCAUGCAAAAGAUUGUGUCGCAAAACUGCAGUGCAUAACAGUCGAGGUCUUUGACACGGAAAUUCAGUGUUGCUUUACUAUCCGAGUUGAGGGAAGAUGGGCUGUCCGUCAGCCUAGCUGCCGGCUAUCCGGCGCGUCCACAGGUGGCGGAUAGUGGAACGGCCUUCAGUGAAGGUUAGUCGCAAAAUAAGCAGACCCAAGUCUGACGAAUAAGCAGUCGCAGGAUACCCUAUACUAGGGCUCUAUUCAUCUUACAAUUGACGCACUGGAACUAAAACGAGAAAUAGAACAGAAGAAGAUAAGAUGGAAAUUUUCCGGGGCAUAAGUUAAUAUGACACCUAUCUUCACGGAGGGGAAUAAGGCAAACUGCGAAAACUACUGCGACAUAAGUCUCAUCAACGUUCCUGUAAAGGUCAUCGUCAUUGUCAUUCUCGAGCAAUAUCAGAAUUUGCGUGAGUCGAGGACGCCGCCCAACCAUCCGGGUCCUGAGCUGCACGUGAAUGUGCCGACCAGAUAUUCACACAGUGGCGCAUUCUUAAAUCCGCUAUGGUUACUAACACCCAACGAGCGUGUUUCGUUGAUUAUUCUGUCGUCCUCGUCCAUUAUCCGUUGCUGUGGCAGAUAAUAAAACUAUGGUAUGCCGACACAAAUGCUCGCCUUGAUCAUGGCCGGUAAUCGCUCCACCACCACGAGUUCUAGCCUACAACAUUCCGCUAGCCUUUUGAUAUUCGGUCUGGCGUUCGACAAGGUCGUACUCUGUUGCCCAUUCUGUUCAAUUUCGUCGUCAACUAAAUUUUUGGAAGAGCCCUACACGGCUUGGAUAAUGUCGAAUUUCUACCAAUGUACUUGCAGAUUGAUGUUGACUACACUGACAAUAUGGUCCUUCUGGCAUUAAGCUUUUAUGGCCUAUAGGACGUAAUGCCACGGGUAAAGGUGGUUGUUUCAACGGUUGGUUUGUCCGCCUACAUAUUGGGAGGCACGAAAUUGCUUCGAGUUCCAUUUCUGACAAGUGUACUGCUAAGAAUGGCUAGCUUAGCGAAAUAACCGGUUUCAAACGCUUCACACAAAGAAGCUAGCAGGUGGACUUAGUUAAAUUGACGUUUUCUUCCUAAUUGAAACUGCUCGCAGGAUUUUUGCAUUCCUUAGAAAGUUUCAAUUAAGCCAACGUGAUAUUGCCACCGCCAAAAAAGUCUGCAUGUGCCGGGCAUCUGUCCGUCCAGUUCUGUGCAGUUGUUUAUGUCAGGUUAAGCGCGUGGGAGAUGGACGAAAACUAGAGGUGUUUGAACCACCGUCGCUUGGGAAACGUUCUUCCAGUGGAUUUUAUCGACUUAAUCUCAAAUGAGACUGCGCUCACUGCGACAGCAUCACGAGGAUAUACCUGACCAUCCUAGAAAGACGACUGCUGUGGUUUAGACACGUUCUUUAUCGCCUGCACAACGAGUUUAGUGUUACUGCCCUCGACCCACUGCCGCCGCCCACCUGGAGUCACCCAGGUCAGCUCCAAACCUGACUGAAUACGGAGGUGGCUCCUGGAAACCAGUCCAUAGUCCCCUUCUGGCCUCCUCGAUGUGGUUUUGUCAUCCUCAUUGCAUCGGACUUUAUACACAACUGCGAAGCUUCGGCCAGCGACAUCAUGCAAUGAAUUGUAGGCCGUGCCUAUCUCUGGGGCCGUCGGCGACCGGGAGGCCGUCCCAUGGACUUCCUUGAUGUAAGUUAAUGUCCUCCACACUUGGCUGCCGUUCUUUUGGCCGUCCGCCCGCAGUUAUACCCAAACAGCGGUUCGACUUUUGCGAACGACGUCUUCCGCCUGUCCCACGGAGUGGGCGCAGCAUUGACGACAUACUCAUGAAUUCGUUUAUAGCAAGACGGGUUUGUGCAGCAUCUACCGCACUCUCAUCCCUCAUCCACUUUGCCCUGGUGGCAGGACAAAGCAAAAGGACCCUUCUUCGCAUUCCACACGACUUGAUCCCACUAUAUUUCAGCCUUUUAUAAGGGCGGCUUAGAUCUCACAUGAGGGAGCCAUUGCAACCUGACCUAGUCCUGGGGAGGACCGUGUUUUCCCGUCAGCCCUUGUAAGCCACGACGUCGUGGUUGAUUUAAGCGCACCAGGUUUGUUAUAGUGAAAGGUGCGCUGAUUUGUCGGGGGGGGGGAUUCUCCAGUGUCGGCCUCACCUUUUUUUAUCUCACAUGCACCAUUCGACUGUUAAUGAGCUGGUGCUGAAGUUGGACGCAGAGGCUGGCUGGGCGUGAGGGCCUACGUCUAGGCUCGCCACCACACCUCUCUCAUGUACGGCAGCAGUUAUGGUCUUCCGCGCACUCUGCGCAGCCCAAUAUAAACGCCUGCCGCAAGCCAGUCUGAUCCCCGUUCUUGCGGCGCAGCCCCUUGUGGGGACCAGUGUUAUGCACCUACAGGACGGCGACAAACAAGCGAAACAUUGGAAAGAUCGAUGGCGGGUCACACGACUCAGAAAAUCGUGUGAAUUUCAUCUUUUUUUGCGCAGCACAUGUAUUGGCAGCAAAAUGACAGACCCGGCUAUUUGAAAUGUCGUCUGGCUAUUAAGAGUGUUCCUUUUCGCCCUCGAACUAUCCUUCUGGGACCUUCGCCUUUGCUCAUUCUUAAGGCCGCCUUAUCGGUUGAGGUGACUGAAGCUCCACAUCGCCUAUUUGUUGAGGAUGAAGUUUUCUGAUUUGGCAUUCGCCUAGCUCAUUUGACAUAAAAUCGAGGUUGGAAGCGUUCCAUCUCUCCUACGUUCUGCUCCGAGUAAAACCAAAUGCACUGAAUCGGUAUCACGACAUAAAAACUUAGGGCAAAAAAGUCGAGAUUGUCUAUACCCAAAUCUUUGGUAGGUAAUAUGCUCAAGCUUUGAAACUCUUCAACAACAUCUUCACCUGUGUCUACUCGUUCCACUUCUUAGUGUGCCCUAUUUCUACUUCGUUUAGUGAUUUCUUGUCGGGCGAUGUCGUUGUUCCACGUGAGCGUGUCGACCACUACGUGAAGCUUGCUUUGGACCAUUCCUCCGACCUCGCCAACUAUUUCAGGCAUGCACUUCUUGUAGAAAACUAUUUGGACUCCUUGAAGGUAAUGCUGCAAGUAUUGAAGGCCAUUUGUAUACACGUCUGGGAAUGCCCAUACCCAUAGCGACUUACUUUUGGGCUGAGGUUAAAUCAAGCCUGUUUCAGAUCUGGGUUCACCACACCUUUAUGUGAGCGGUCAGUGAGCUCGUUAUUAUUUGUUGUAUACACAGGCAAUGGCUUCACCAUACUCCUGACAUGGGAAUCAGCUAGAUCUCAAACAUCCGUUUAGCCGACUUCUGCAACUUCAUGUUGCAGCCCAUCUCAGUCCCACAAGCAUCCCAGAUGGUUUAUUGUAUAACUCUGACUAGAAAAUUGUGCCUUUUCAUUCCUUGGAAAAGUGUCGGAAGGAAUAUAGUAUUCUGAGCUGGAUAUCACGGGGGUUAAUUUAAUAGCGUCUCUCCCGAAAACAACUUAAUUUUUUCGAUCAUCGUUACGGCUUUUGGCCGUCAGUUACCUCUUACGUCGUACUCGUAGUCUGUUCCAUGUGCACUCCAAAUACUUCUACAACUAACAAAGGUUACAUAUCUACUGUUUGACACUCCUCUUUCGAUCGCAAUCAUUGUAGUCGUAGCCUCGUGCAGGGAUAGGGCGUGGUUUAGUAUGAAAGUCCUUUUGAGGUCGCCUGAGGAGGUAUAGUAGUAACUUUGCUGCCACCUUGUCCGUUUAUUUUUACAGAAACAGCCCCACCAUCAACUUCCGAGCAUCACUCUACUUUACGUCCUUUGCAAGUUAACGUUUUUUCUCUUCCAGUUUGGUCUAUACAUGUACAUGCUCUCCAUACUCGGCGGAUUUUUCAACCUGAUCACUCUGGUCACAAUUGGUAAGCACAUUUCUUGAACUUCAGGGCUAUUCAAUCGCCCCUUCAUUACAUGUUCACCAACGGGGAAAUUUGCGCCCCACAUCCGCACCAGUUUUCACACUUCAUAUCAUACUUAAUUUUCUGUUUUCAGCCUUCGUCCUUCUUUUCAUUCUGCCGAAACCAUAUAAAGUAUAUCAGGUGAGCAUCACAACUUUUAGCCAAUAGGGAGCUUUCGCGCACACUUUAUCCCUUUUUUUACCUCGCAGUAAAGUGAAAAACUGGAUUUUCCAGUGUAUAGGUUUCUCUCAAACCUCCCGGUCGAUAGGCGACAUGCCAGUAACUAUAGAUUUAUUUUUGCCCUUUUGGACAUCUGCCUUAGAAGGUGGCAGAUCAUCAAUGCUUACUCUCAUGCCCUGUGGGCAGUACAAGCAUUUUUCCUUUAUAUUUUCUUUUGAAGACUGAAGUAAUGAGGUAUAUUCAGUCGUCUGGUGGAGGCUAUUUAAAGUUCGGUCUCACAAUGAGCAUUUUCUCACCGGCGGCCAUCUGGCCCUACCUAUAACAACAACAGGAUAGGCAAAAACAGAAGUGUAUCGAUGUUGACUAGAGUAAUUACUUUUUGAUCACUCAAGGGCUCACCAAGUUGACCAUUCCGUGCGAUUUCACUUUGCCUGGCACUGCGCCAAACUCAUCCUGCUUGUUUCUCUGCCAGCCCUCCGCCACCCCUUAGAUUUGCAAAUUCUGACACGAAUUUCUUUUACGAUUUAUUUUUUGUUGACUUUCUAGUCUCAAAUCGACGGGGCCAUCAAUGCUGCCCGUAAGCGAUGCGACGACUUUUCGAGCAAGUAAGCUUAGGUCGAAUUUUCUGCGCCCAUUUCAUUUCUGGUCACUUUCAUCAGGAAACCAGUCAUAAGUUGCCAUUGUCACUGGAUGAUUAGUCAUUAUUCCCUCUCACUUGACGGCCCGUCUUAGUAAUGUUAGCUCAGUCUAAUCACAUGUUUUUACUAACCACGGGAGACUUACAUUCAUUGGAUAAUUGCUUCGAAAGCUGAAGUAGCCAGUACUUUUCGUUAUCAGUAGCUAGUAACCGCAGUUAGACAGAGGACGUGCAUUCAGUUGUCAGCGGUAAGUCGGCAUUUGCGGGGGUACUAUUCCUAGAGCAACUAACACAGGACGUCUUACAUCAUUGGCCAACUUUGCCAUGUGAAACUGUCUGCAUAAAAAGUGCCGGAUUAGGGCUUCUAUAUGUACUCUUCAUCAGUAUCCUCACAUCCCUGCCUGCGUUACUAAAACCUGUCCGAGAAACCCCAAGCUUGCGUAUUUCAUGUUUGCACUGUUGAGGUAAUUUUAGUAAUUUCCACUAUACGGCAUCUGCAUAAUAGAUUUUUGAUCCUAACAAAGGGAUCGAAAUUGAAAUCAAACAUUUGUCAGUUUUUUUUAAAAUUUAAAUCAGAUCGCCUUAUCGUUUUCACCACGGGUUUUUAUCACCGUCUGUGGAGCCUCGUCUAAUUUGGCCGUGCGCUUUUCGGCUCGUAGUGUAAACGGGAUAGAAUCACUUAAACCGAAGAUAGUUUGUAAUUCCCGUUUUGCCGUAAUCCCACCCAAACCUGACACUUGUUGCCUGGACCCGUGUCUAUAUGACUGAUAAUGACUACCUUGAGAUGAAACCGGGCGCGUUAAACUCGAAUCAUACAAUCUUGGUCUCCAACGGCUGCCUCGACUUAAGCCACGUUGGCCUUUGCUGCUCAUAUGCUCCAACGGGCUUACCAUUGACGUCAGGCUACCUCCCAAUCCACAACGCCACCCGGUCGUUAAAAUUUACCCGCCCGUCAAGCAAACUCCGCUCACCAGCCGUUUGAAGGCCGUCAGUGGCGAAGUACCAGAAAGAUUAACGUUUUCAAACGGAUUGUCAUUGGGGAAUAUGGCACGUGGACAGAUUAUGAGUCUGCAUUUUCCCGAUAUACAUUUGAAUCCUCACCUUGCGCUGCCCUCCGCUGUCGCAUUUACAAUAAAAGGGCGCUGUGAUUACCAUAUUUUGGCCAACGUUAUUGCCGAUGUUUACCUGAAGUCUGACACGAACGUCUGGGCCUUUUUAUGUUGUUGCUCCAUCCGCCUGGCCUCGGCAAACCGAAUGUGAACGUCAUCGUACACCCCGAGCAAACAAGCAAAGAAAAUGUGUGCAGUCCUUCAGAUUCAACUGCUGUCCACCAAGUGCAUCUAUGGGACUAGAGUCGUGAGCGUACAUUAGUCACCAGGAUAAUCAGGUUACGUUUGGAACAAUAGUUUAAGGUGGGAAUACCAUAAGGAGGGAUUUAUUAUGCACAUAGACCCUAACUUCUCGUUCAGGCGACAGUGCCAUUGCCGGUGAACCAGGGCACGCGACACCAGCGUUAAGUCGUGCCUAAAGAGGAUUGAGUAUGUUGUCGACCAUUCUUCUGGAUUUGUGAAGGCAAGGUCAAGGAUAUUGUGUCUGAGUGACGUGUUGCAUUAGCAAAGGAGAUGAUCGCCGACCCGGACGCUUUUUUCCGGUGCGGCCAGUCGCCUAAGUUGUUUGAUCAGCGUGUCUAACGCUGGGGCGUCUGAGAUGGCGUGUGGUGGCCUUGUUUUGAGCGCGUUCGCAGCAGUGAGUUGCCUUGGCGCUGCGAGAAGGGGCGAUGGGUAGCGCCAUAAUGUCAUCUCUUGCACUCUUCACAACUGGGCAGGGCCUUCUCACCUACCGCCAGCUUGUUUAACAGAACAGCCAAACCGUCCGACGUAUGUAACUCGCAUAACCUGGUAUGUUACUAUCUCCAAGCUUUUAAGAGGCGGAGCGCGCGUUUCCAGAUGUAUCACUGGAGCUAGUAAGCCUAUAGACUACGACUUCUUAUAGAUACCAAGGGUUUCCAGCCGCAGUGCACCAUCACUUGUACUGUCGGUUAAUAAGACGCCUCCAUUAAUAUUCUGAAGGGCAUGUGUACUCUCGGCCGAGUUACUACAGUUUGCAUUUGCUGUCGUUUCUUAGUUGCACCCGUUUAUAAUUAAAUUGGGACGUCCAUCCCUGCGAAGGAGAGCACACCGUCAUAGUGUGAGUUCCUUAGUCGUAGGGUCCAGCACUUGAUGGUCUUCUUUUCCCCCAAUUACAACACGCCGUCGUGACAGGCUUACAUUAACUUUGAUCGAGGCAUCUACCAUUCAUUCUAUUACGAGGCCGUCCGUAAAUCCCGCAGCCAUUAUCCCUCUAGUUUUUUAGAGCUAAUCUGCGGACCGUUCACGUCCAAUGAGUUUAUAGCGAAAAGAAAACAAAUAUUUGUGCUCCUACCUGGGAAGAAAUGAUCUUUCCGUCCGUCACAAUUCUGGUUAUGUAGGACCACCAUCUCCUUAGGAGGACGAAAUACGGGAUUUUGCUGGCUGGAUUAUGGUUUUUACGCCCGCUAAAGACCUCUUUCCGUCCUGUACAAGCAAACGGUAUGUUUUUAAUCAGGAAAUUGGUGAAAUGGGCACAUUUCUUUGAUGUACCCGAAUUGACCUUCACAAGUCCGCAGACAAGCUUAAUGCGAUAGGUGGUCCGAGUUGUCGAACCUCGUGUCGCAGCCAACCCCAGAUUUGCUACUGAGGGCUAAGAUCGCGGGAUUCGAUAAGUCAGCGAAUCAGUAUUCACCCGGUAGUCAUCGAUAAUCGUGACAUAUUCCUUCUCAUUGGUACCCCGGUGCCCUUUAACACUUGGGUGAUGAAUGACUAGGUCCUUUGCUGUAUUUGUGUACAUUUCUGUCCAUGCAUGCAGUAGCCCUUCACUCGCUUGAGUCGUUCCCUGGAUGCCCCGCUGUUUUGUCAACUCCGACUUUAUCCAAACAAAAUCUAUAAGGAUUGUUGUAUUGACUACAUCCCACAAAAACCCAACGGAGUGUUUGUCUUUUGGUGACUUCUUUGUCCCGACACCAUAUUAAGCGGUAGGGAGUGGUUCUUAGCAAUCAUGGCUAAUUAGCCUUCUAUUCAAAAGAGAGACCCAAUAAAACUUGCCAGAUAGAUCUAUAAGGCUCAGGAAUGAAUCGUAGCGAUAGUUAAUCCGUCGUAAUCAGCAGUGGACACCCUCUAUUAGCAAAGAAUCUGGUCACUGUGCAGUGUUGUAGCCUCACAGUGCAAACCUAAAAACACCCCUGGCUAAUUGAAACAUCAGACCUCAUUUUAGCUCUCUUUAUCGAUCCUUGUUAACAAAAACCACAAAAGCAAAUGUGCAUAGUCACCGUUUAUUCCAACCCUGGGCGAAGAGACAAGACCAACUCGAUACGGAGCCCAAUUACCUCGCUGAACAUCUAAUCCUGCCUGCCUGUACGUUGAGAACUAUUAACUCAUUAGCGCUAUUAUUUCCAUUUUCGCUACUUUGCGCACGAUUGACCAAACAGAAACGAAGACAGGGCGCAACCGAGAUAGAACAGUUUGGUUUUUAAUUUGUUUCGGGUUCUAAGUGACCUGACAGCGCCUGGGAGACAAAAAUUGAUCUGUUGCUGGUCAUCUCGAACCCCGUGUGCAACCGCCCGGAGGUGUCAGUGUUCAUUGUGGACGCCAAAGACCCGUAGUUUGAGAAUCAGCUAUCCCCCAUCACCUCCAAACUAGAAAAAAUUGCUGUUCACGAUCCUAACAACGAAAGCAUUCAGUCGAGACACUGACAGCUGGUUCUUUAUUAUCCGAUAUGCAAACGGUCGGGCUUGUCGGUGAUACCGAGGCACAUUCUAGUCAGUCUUCAAAUCGCGAAGAUCAGUCGCCACAGGUUCGCCAUUUGCCGUUCUUUCGUAAUCUGCACUGCCAAACAUUGGCGGUAAAUACUACCCUCUAUAGUGCCACGUAUCAUGACGUUUAAUUGGUUCGCGCACCCUUUGCCGAAUUCAAAUCUGGUGUGCUUUUUAAUCAAUAGACAGUUCAUUUCGAAAUUGAUUUCUUUUAGCAAUCAGCGCUUUCGUAGUUUUUAUUGCAGCUGCUUGAGUGCACUCUGUUGUGUUUUUGCACUUUGAAUGACACAUACGAAAGCGGCGUUACUCGAAUCUCGAAAAAUCGUGCACUGUAGUAGCCAGUAGUGUGGUCAGAAAACUGUCAAUCAUCCUAAACUUCUACUUUAUCGUUUUUUUUCAGAGUUAAGACCCUAUUAGAAAAAGUGCCAGGACUGCGCAAGGCCAAAACAAACUAA